AUGAUUUUAACAAAAUGUACACUAUUGGUCGGAUUGAUUUUGACAUUACUUUCAGACCCUAUAUUGGGUAGAAAAGGUUUAAGUGGUAGUCACAGUUAUCCAAAAUCUGGUGGACUUUCCGGAGGAGGUCAUCAUCGCACAGGUGGCCUUUCUGGUGGUGGACACGGUUAUCCUUCAAGUAGUCAUUCAGGUGGACUCUCUGGAGGUGGACACGGAUACCCAUCUUCGGGAGGCAGUCAUAGUUACCCGUCCUCGGGAGGCAGUCAUAGUUACCCGUCUUCGGGAGGCAGUCAUAGUUACCCAUCCUCGGGAGGCGUUCAUACACACCCAUCCUCAGGAGGCAGUCAUACUUACCCGUCCUCGGGAGGCAGUCAUACUUACCCAUCGUCGGGAGGCAGUAAGAGUUACCCAAACUCGGGAGGUGCUCAUACAUAUCCGACCUCUGGCAAGACGCAUGGUUAUCCUACGUCUGGCGGUGGCUUGUCGGGUGGUGGCCAUCCAUCAAACAAUCCUGUCAGACACACAACAACUGUUAACCACUACCAUUACUCUCCACCGGCGCAAAUCACCUACAUACCUCGAGGUGGCUCACCAAUGAACUACCCUGUGUACCGCGGCACGCCACCGACCUAUGUGUACCAGUACAAGGAUUCUGGAAGCAAGUACGGUACACUGUUAGCUGGUUUGGCACUAAUGAAUCUUGGAACUCUCGGCGUCGCCGGUUACGCAGCACACCAAGCUCAUCAAGCGAAUCAUGGAUCAAACACUUACAAGCCACAGCCAGGUGAAAUUUGCAAAUUUGCUAUAAAGAAAGAAAAUGGUGAUUAUGAAGAGACAAAAAUAGAUUGCCAGAUAAUAAGCAGUUUCAUUUUGCAAGAUAUGGCAGCUCAGCCUGCAGGUAACAAUUUAAACAAUUCCACCAUAACAACAACCACAACAGUGACCAAUGUUACAAUAGUAAAUUCUACUAAUGCUGGCCAACUGCUGACAACACAGCCACCUGUCCCUCUUAUACCAGCACCUGGUGGUAUAAUGUAUAAUAUGCUGCCAAAUGGAACUCUUGUACCUGUUGUUAAUAACCCUGGUGUACCAGGCUUUGUUAAUGUUACACAAAAUCAGUCAGCUCCAUUAAAUCCAGGUUCAUCGUCUGUAGUGGUAACAACUACAACAACAAACACUACACAGCUAGUGAGCGCAUUGGAUGUUAAAGGAAAACCUGUGGUAGUAACUCCAGGAAUGCAGUGCUUUGUUAUCAGACUUAGCCCAAUGGGCAACAUGAGGAAGACUGUGCCUUGUGGUGUUUUACAGACCUAUGCUGAUAAAUCUCUUAAACCUAAUGCAGCAACUAAACAUGUGCCUAUGUUUACUGUUGUAGCUGCUAUUCUGGCUUAUUGUAUAGCAUAUUAA